AUGACGUUCAGGGUUUCCCAAGCAGGAGGUCUGAAGGUGGUGACACAUGUUGUUUCUAUCGCCCAGGGCUUUUUUCACUCACAGGAGUCCAAGAUGACCUCCGCCCGGCUUUACUCCCUGUGUCUUCUCACACUUUACUUGACAAGUGGAUAUGGCCAAGAAGGGAAGUUCAGCGGCCCCCUGAAGCCCAUGACGUUCUCUAUUUUUGAAGGCCAAGAACCCAGUCAAGUCAUAUUCCAGUUUAAGGCCAGCAGUCCAGCGGUGAGGUUUGAACUAACGGGGGAAACAGAUGGCAUCUUCAUGAUAGAAGGGGAUGGACUUCUGUAUUACACCAGAGCCCUGGACAGAGAAACAAGGGCCGUGCAUCAUCUCCAGCUUGCAGCCCUGAAUUCUCAAGGAGGCACAGUAGAGGGCCCCGUCCCCAUCACCAUAGAAGUCAAGGACAUCAAUGACAAUCGACCCACAUUUCUCCAGCCAAGAUAUGAAGGCUCUGUGAGGCAGAGCUCUCGUCCAGGAAAGCCUUUCAUGUAUGUGAAUGCUACAGACCUGGAUGAUCCAACUACUCUCAAUGGCCAACUUUUUUAUCAGAUCGUCAUCCAGCUCCCCUUAAUCAACAAUGUUAGGUACUUCCAGAUCGACAAUAAAACUGGAGGGAUAUCACUUACCCAAGAAGGGUCCCAGGAACUGGAUCCAGUUAAGAAUGCUUUCUACAGUCUGGUGGUCUCAGUGAAGGACAUGGGGGGCCAGAAUGAGAAUUCCUUCAGUGACACCACGUCUGUGGAUAUUACUGUGAGGGAGAACAUCUGGAAAGCACCAGAGGCUGUGGAGAUUACAGAAAACUCAACUGCUCCUCACCCCAUCAAAAUCACCCAGGUGCAGUGGAACGACCCAGGUGCUCACUAUUCCUUAGUCAACAAGGAGAAGCUGCCACAAUUCCCCUUCUCUAUUGACCAGGAUGGAAAUAUUUAUGUGACUCAGCCCUUGGACCGAGAGGAAAAGGACUCGCAUGUUUUCUUUGCAACUGCCAAGGAUGAGAAUGGAAAACUCCUUGCAUUCCCACUGGACAUUCACGUGAAAGUUAUUGACAUUAAUGAUAACCCACCAACGUGUCCAUCUAAGGUGACUGUAUUUGAAGUCCAGGAGAAUGAACUAGUGGGUAGCAGCAUCGGAUUCUUUAUUGCCCACGACAUGGAUGAAGCAAACACCGUUAACAGUAUUUUGAAGUACAAGCUUGUAGACCAAACCCCCAAAAUUCCUUCAGAUGGGCUCUUUCUCAUUCAAGAAUAUGAGGGAAAGGUCCAGUUAGGGAAACACUCCUUGAAGAAGCAAGACAAUCCUCAGUACAACUUGACGGUCGAGGUGGCUGACAAAGAUUUCAAGACCCUCUGUUCUGUGCAAGUCAACGUUAUUGAUAUCAACGAUCAGAUCCCCAUCUUUGAAGUAUCAGAUUAUGGAAACAUGACUCUCCCUGAAGACACAGCCGUUGGAUCCACCAUCUUAGUCAUCCAAGCCACGGAUGCGGAUGAGCCCUUUACUGGCAGCUCUAAAAUCCUUUACAAGGUUGUCCAGGGAGACCCCGAGGGAAGACUGGAAGUCGUCACAGAUCCCCAGACCAAUGCAGGAUAUGUCAAGAUCAAAAAGCCUCUCGAUUUUGAAACCGAACCAGUUACCAACAUUGUGUUCAAAGCAGAAAACCCUGAACCACUGGUGGCCAACGUAUUGUACAAUGCUAGCUCUUUUGCCUCAUUCAAGCUGUUUGUGACGGAUGUGAAUGAAGCGCCUGUGUUUCCACAACGCAUAUUCCAAGCAAAAAUCAGAGAAGAUGCCGCCAUAGGCACUAAAGUGGGCAAUGUGACUGCCAGGGACCCGGAAGGCCUGCCUGUGAGUUACUCACUGAGCGGCGAUAAGAGAGGUUGGCUUAAAAUCGACUCUGUCACCGGGGAGAUAUUUAGCGCGGCUCCGCUGGACAGGGAAACAGAAAGUCUGUAUCGGGUACAAGUGGUGGCCACUGAAAUAGGUGGGUCCUCUUUGAGCACCACGGUAGAGUUCCACCUGGCCCUCACAGAUGUGAAUGACAAUCCCCCACGCCUAGCCAAGGAGUACACAGGCCUGUUCUUUUGCCAUCCCCUCAGUACCACCCAGAGUCUCAUCUUUGAGGCCACUGACGAUGACCAGCAGUCAUCUUGGAGGCCACAGUUCACAUUUGCCCUUGGCAGAGAAAGCUUACAAAAUGACUGGGAAGUUUCCAAAAUCAAUGGCACACAUGCUAGACUCUCCACCAAGCACACACGCUUUGAGGAACGAGUUUACGAAAUCCCAAUCCUCCUCAGUGAUGCGGGGCAGCCACCCAUGGAAGGCACUGUUUUCUUACCAGUUACUUUCUGCCAGUGUGUGGAAGGAAGCUGUUUCCGGCCAGCAGGCAGCCAUGAUGGGAUACCCACGGUAGGCAUGGCAGUGGGUAUACUUCUGACCACCUUUCUGGUCAUUGGUAUAAUUUUAGCAGUUGUAUUCAUCCGAAUAAAGAAAGAUGAAGGAAAAAAUAAUGUUGAAAAUCCCCAGUCCCCUGAAACUAGACCUCUGAGAAGCUGAAUUUGAAAAGAAACGGUCAAGUUUAUGCAUCAAGUGCUUCAUCAGUACC